AUGAAUGCUACUGUCAUGGGUUUCAUUUCUGUGAAUCUACCACAGGGACGGGAUCUUCCCACCUUUGUCUGUCGUAGCUCCAACUCUCUGGGAUCUGACAGGCAGCGAUUUUAUUUCUAUGGAUUUGAGCAAAAAGGAUCUACACAAUCUAAAGGGUGUUCAGGUCCAGUGACGUUGCCACCCUUCAUCAUCGCAGUCUGUUUUCUGACAGCAGCUCUAGUGUGCGCUCUGCUGUUUGCUAUCCGGACUCAGAGGACCUGCUGCACAGGUGACACCAGGAUUGCUGUGGAAAAACAACACCUGACAAGCCAAAAGGAAAAUGAGGUUUCUGACCAACCAGAAGAGGACAUUUAUGUCAACACCAAUGAGCUGAAAAAGGAAGAUGAACCAAAUACUCAUCAAGAUCUACAGGUUGCCAAUGAAGGCUCCAAGAAGAAGGAGGAGAAGAAGAAUGAGGAUGAGGGCAAUGACUUGACUUACUCUAGUGUGAUUUGGAAGAGCAAGAAGAAGGGACUACGCUCUGGGAGCAGGAAGACCUCUGCUAGCUCCUUUCUGCAGGAGGAGAAGCACAUGGAGGAAAGCACCAACAGAUAUGAUGUACACAACGCACUGGAGAUGGCAAACAUAUAUGGCAAUGUGGGGCCGAAACAAGAUGUAGUGAAGGUGGAAGAUACUGAAUAUUCCCAGGUUUUAUUUAGAGACCAAAAUCCUCCACAACAAUAG